UAGUCUGAUAGUAUGUUUGAUUUGUAAAUGAAAUUUGUUUUGAUUGUGUUUUAAACUAAUAUGUAAGAUUUUUGCAUCAAAUUCAGCUUAUCCAAAACAAAUAAAAACAAUGGCUCAAUUCAGACCAGCCGGAUUUUCCGAUGAGGAUUCAGAUAGUGAUGAUUACGGAUUUUAUGAGAAGCCGGUUAGAAACUAUGACUAUUCUAGUCAAAUUAGCAGUAAGAAGAAGGUAGAAGUGGCUUUACAGGAAGCUAUCAUAAAUGGAAACAUGAAAGAUGUAGAGGAUCUUAUAAAUAAUGAAUUGAAGAACAAUGUUAACAUAAAAUUGGAUAGUGGAUGGACCCCACUAAUGCAUGCAUGUUUCCAUGCUCAAGAUAAAAUUGUUCAAUAUUUAUUGGAGAAAGAUGCAGAUCCUAAUUUACACUCAGAUUCAGUUACACCUAUAAUGGCUGCAUGCUCAAAUAGUAGUGCAGAUAAUGACACAAUAUACAGUAUUGUGUGUAACCUAAUAGACAGGAAUUGCAUACUGAAUAUUGGAGAUAGAUAUGGACAAACCCCACUAAUGAGGGCUAUAAGCAGCGGCCGUGUGGCAGUGGCUCAAAAAUUACUAGAUAUGCAAGUUAAUAUAGAAAUGAGGGAUCAGCAUGGGUGGACAGCUGUUUUCUGGGCUGUCCACCACAAUCAACCAGAAAUACUAGAAAUGUUAAUUGAAAAAGGAGCUAGACUAACUGAAGUUGACAAAUCGAACCGAACGCUAUUAGAAAUUGCCAAUUGUCAUGAUCAUCAAGUCAUAAUUGAAAUAUUAAAGAAAUCACUCAACCUAGACGAUGAUCAUAAAACAGAUGAAAAUUCAUAUUUAAACCAUCAGUUAACAUCUUGGCAAGAUUAUUAUCCGGGAAUUGAGAAAAAUGAACGGCCGAACUAUAAAAACGAAAUUCCGAAUCUGCUUUACGGAAUGAGCUGUGAACGUUUGACGCCCCUGAUCGUAACGUCCGGCAUCGAUUUGAGGACGUUCCUACUGCUGGACGCCGAGGAAAUGGUUAAAUUAGGUAUAGAGAUGCCAUACGAAAGGCACAGACUGAAAUACGGAUUACGGAAUUUUCAUUUGAGAGGAUGGAAAUUAAACGCGGUUGCCGGUUUGUAUGCUCGGAAAAUGGAUAACUAUUGCGUUUUAGACUGUUUAACUUCAUUGGGGAGUCAUUUACAUCAGAUUUACAUACUAGAGGCCACGCUACAAUAUAUUCUACGCGAGUACGCUAAAGUCGAAAAUCAAAUAAAACACCAACCUCCGGACUCGCCUUUACUUAAAAAAUUGAAAACAUCAACAAAGAAAAUGCUGACUAACAUAAACAGCAUACGAAGGGAAAUUAAAAGCAUGAAAAUUACUUUACAGAAGAUUGAUAGUAAUAAUCCUCGUCCCGCCGAUCUGCUACCAAAGAAGUCAACUCAAGAAAUUGCGAUCCAAUAUAUCACACAAGCCGUAUCGCUUUGCUCUCUAGCCUUUAUACUAUAUCAAGGACGAACCUUGUUGGGCAAUUUGUUAAAAAAAUAAACGUCUUUUAUGUUGA